AUUUAUUUUUAUUAUUUGAGAUGUAACUUUUGAUAAUUUUUAUAGAAAUAAUCUUGAAGAUAAAGUCUGUCUGUUUUUUUGAAUACAAGUUAAAUAAGAAGAAUUUGCUAAAUCAGUUGGAAAAAUGAAGAAAAAAGUACUACUAAUGGGCAAAAGUGGUUCUGGAAAGACUAGUAUGAGAUCAAUUAUUUUUGCAAAUUAUAUAGCUAGGGAUACUACCCGAUUAGGAGCUACGAUUGAUGUUGAACAUUCUCAUGUCAGAUUUUUAGGAAAUUUGGUUUUAAAUUUAUGGGAUUGUGGUGGUCAGGAAUCUUUCAUGCAACAAUAUUUUGCGUCCCAGAGAGAUAAUAUUUUUCGAAAUGUUGAGGUACUAAUAUAUGUUUUUGAUGUAGAAAGUCGAGAAUUGGAUAAAGAUGUUCAUUAUUAUCAGUCUUGUUUGGAAGCUAUUUUAAAUAAUUCUCCUAAAGCGAAAAUAUUUUGCUUAAUUCAUAAAAUGGAUUUGGUUGCUGAAGAACAACGGGAUGUAAUUUUUAAAGAGCGCGAAGAAGAUUUAAUUAGAUUAUCGAAACCUUUGGAAUGUACUUGUUUUAGAACAAGUAUAUGGGAUGAAACAUUAUACAGGGCUUGGUCAUGUAUUGUUACUAUGCUGAUACCAAAUGUUAGCGUACUAGAACAUUCUUUGUCUUAUUUUUCGAAUAUAAUUGAUGCUGAUGAGGUUUUAUUAUUUGAAAAAGCUACGUUUUUAGUUAUAUCACAUUGUCAAACGAAACAAUAUCGUGACAGCCAUCGUUUUGAAAAAGUGUCAAACAUUAUAAAACAGUUUAAAUUAUCAUGUUCAAAAUUAGGAGCAAAAUUUCAAUCAAUGGAGGUUCGUAAUAGUGCUUUCGCGGCAUUCAUUGAUACAUUUACUAGUAACACUUAUGUGAUGGUUGUUAUGUCAGAUGCAAAUAUGCCAUCUGAAGCAACACUGGUAAACAUUAGAAAUGCAAGAAAACAUUUUGAAGAAUUAGAAAAUCCAAAUAGUAAUAAUGUUCACAAUCAGUAUCACUGAUAUUUAAGGAAAUCGUCCCUUGGACGAUGAUUUUCUUUUUAUAUACUUCCUAUUAAUAUUCUAUUUGUUUUUAAAGUUAUCACUUAAGAUAUAUAUACAUACAUAUAAUAUAUAUAUUUUUUUAUUCUAGCCAUGUUAUAUGAUAUAUGUUGAUUUAUAGUUUUUUGUUAUAUACUUAAGAAAACGACCAAAUCUUUGAAUUACAUAUUGUUAUUCUUUGGUUGUAUCUAAAAAUUUUUCUUUACAUAUUUAUCUAAAAUUUUAGCUACAAAGUUUGGUAGUUUGUGCAGCGAAACUGGCUAUUCCAGUCUACCGCAUAGAUAUGCCUACCGUCUAUAGAUAUGCUUACCGCAUAAUAUAUAAAUAUCGCCUUAUUAAGAAAGCACAUGUAUUACAAAAAAUGUAGUAAUGCAUACGAAGUCGUGUUUUGUAUGUGAACUACUUUGACUUAGCUUUAUUUUAGAUAUUUUUCUAUUUAAGUAAAAUUUUGUGAUUCAACCUUCGUUUAUAAACUAUUGGAUUCUUGUAAAAUUUUUAUUUAUGUCAAAAUAACAAAAUAUACAAUUUUCUUUCUUCAUAAACUUUGUAACGCUUUCAUAUCUGUAACAAUUUUGUAAAUUGCUCUGAUGUAAAAAUAUGAGUUAAAGAUAUAAGUAUGAUUAA